ACUCUGCCAUCUCUCUCGUUCCUCUUCUCGAUCCCCUUUCCUCGUCUCUGUUCGGUGCUGGGCAUGGAGGUCCAUGCCGACAUCGAAUCCUGAGGGCACGGAGAUCCUCGUCGAUGCUCUGUUCGGCGGAGCGACGGAGUGCGGCGAGCAGGUCGGCCGUGGGGCCAGAGCAGCAGCAACGCCGCCGCCCUUUCUCCUUUUUCUCAGAGCCAGAGAAAGAUGUCGUCAGCAUCGGCGUUGUGGAUGGCGGUUUCAUGGUGGUCGUCAAGGUACCUGCUACCUCAUGUUGGGGGUCGCCUGUAAGCAGCAGCGGCGACAACUGCCAUGGCGAUCGAGCAUCAGCGGGGAUCGAGCGUCUACACUAUUCAAACAUUUUGGAGCUGGAGUUAUGUCACGUGAAAGACAAGCUAGCAGAUCUCAACAUCAAUUUUGGGGGACAUGCUGGUGAUCUGAAGACGACAGUGCAGCUAACCGAAUUGAUGCAGUGAUGUUUAGUUGGUUUGUAAUGUAGUCUAGUUUGCACAUACGUUGAUGUUUAGUUGGUGGAGAAGACUAGUUGCACACAUAUAUGCUUAGUUGGCUUGUAACUUAGUCUAGUUACAGACACAUUAAUAUUUAGUUGGCUUGUAAUAUAAGCUAGUUACACACACAUUGAUGUUUAGUUGACAGAGAAUACUAGCUGCACACACAUGCUCAGUUGGCUUGUAAUGUAGUCUAUUUAUACACACAUUGAUAUUUAGCUGGCAGUGAAGAUUAGUUGCACACACAUAUGCUCAGUUGGCUUGUAAUGUAGUCUAGUUGCACACAUAUUGAUGUUUAAUUGGCUUGUAA